UUGCUUUACUUCCUCUGUUAAACUGAUAUUGUCUCGCUUCAACGACACACUGGACUGUUCGCACUUCAGGCGCGGGACAGCAUGACUGGUGGACUCAAGGACGGUGAAACUGACGAGGGAUUUCUGCACUCGCAGUUCAUCAGGAAACAAGGGAACAUAUACAAACCAAAUAACAAAGAAAUGGAUAACGACAGUAUGAGCGGGAUGAAGACGAUGCAGGACGUCCACACGAAAGAGAUCGACCUGGUGAACCGGGACCCCAAAUACUUAAACGACGACGUUGUCAAGGUGGAGUUCGAGGAUGUGAUCGCGGAGCCUCCGGGGACAUACAGCUUCGACGGCGUGUGGAAGGCCAGCUUCACCACCUUCACGGUGACCAAGUACUGGUGCUACCGUCUCCUUACCGCCCUGGUGGGAAUCCCGCUGGCGCUGGUCUGGGGCAUCUUCUUCGCCAUCCUGUCCUUCAUCCACAUCUGGGCGGUGGUGCCGUGCAUCAAGAGCUAUCUGAUCGAGAUCCACUGUGUCAGCCGUGUUUACUCCAUCUGCAUCCACACCUUCUGCGAUCCUCUGUUUGAAGCCAUGGGCAAGUGCUUCAGCAGCGUCCGCAUCAGCACCACCAAGGGGGUGUAGAAGAAGAGGAGGAAGAAGAGGAAAAUUAAUGGAGGAUGUGGGGAGGAUGGUGGGAAUGAGGUGAGGGCUGGAAACCAUAACAGAUGUUAAAGGGGGAGAGAAGACACCUGAAGAAACUGAAAGAAAAGAGAGGGAGCAACUUUUUUGAUCAAAGAAGAGGGUGAGACAUUUCUAGAGCUGUGGGCGGGAUGUUGGCGGUGAGGGGGCGGAGACACAGGGAGUACCUUGCCCCGCCUCUCUUUCUCCGUCUCCCUCGACGACUAUCGUUUCUCUCUCCAGUGCUGGUUUAACCAACAACAGGGGCACAUGAUUAUGUCAAGUCAUUCCUUGGGGUCUUUGUUUAUAUUUUUAAUUUUGUUUUUUGUUAGUGUUGUUUAUCAUUGCAGGAGCACCACCACGCUAGCCACCCCACCCCCACUCCAUUAUUCCUAACAUUAUUCCGAAAUGUUGUGUGAUCCUCUCUCUGAUUAAUGACGGGUAUGAUUGGUUGAAUUAUUGAUUGAUUGAUUAGUUAGUUAAUUGAUUGAUAGGCUCAUAUGAUGGAUUUUGGUGUCCUCUCUGCUGGGUUUGUGUUCCUAUUUUUGGGAGGGUAAUGCUUUGGGUGCGGGGGAAGGGAUAUCCCCGUGCCUGUCCCAUUGCGUUGUUUGGAGAGAGUUGACAAAUCCCACCUGACACAGCACAAAAUCCUAGAGCCAAAACCCUCUCAAUGCCCCUCUCUCAGUCCCACUACCCCCCCCCCCCCCCACACCCUGACCCCCUCACACACCCUCCACCCCGCUAUGCCUGCCGUGACUCCGAGUCUGAAACACUGAACCUGCCCUUGUUUCUGCAUGCACCACCACCUCUGCAAAGCCACCGAGCCAACCAACACGCCGCUGUCAGUCUGCAUGUCCUGACAGACAGACAGACAGGCAGGCAGACACACAGGUAUAAGACAACCACCUGAUGACAUCAUAAUCACUCUCUCCAUCAACACUGUUUUGUUCCAGCUCCAAUCCAAGCAAGGGAGAUGAAAUUCUAUGACAACAACCAAGUCUACAAACGGAACAGCCUUCAUGGUAUAUACCAUUUUUCUAUGUGGCCGAGGAUUUUUUUUCAUGUUUGCCUUUGAAUCUCAAAAAAAUAUCACUUGAAGUUUGUUUCAUUACAUUCACACCUGUGGGAUCUUCUUUUAAACCACGUGAGGUCUCUUCUCUGUAGAGGGAGGGUUGAACUUUCAAUGUUGAUGCGCAUUUGCUGUAGCCGUAGCUAAAUAACCAUGCUUUAUCUACACUUUAUGAAGAACUUUUUGUUUUGAGCUUUGUUUGCCCAAUGUAUGCAACUUUUGAGUUGCGUUGUCUUUUAAAAAAUAUUUUUUUACUCCACUGUGAGUUUUGAGUUUAUUCCCUGAUUGAAUAGUAUGGUCUGGUGUAGACUUCUGCUUAUUGACUGUCGUCCACAGGAGGCUGCUGAGGCGAGGACAGCUCAUAAUGGCUGUAUGUGUUCGAUACCAUUUCAUCCGUUCCAGCAAUUACUAUGAGCCCGUCCUCCCUAAUUAAAGUGCCACCAGCCACCUGUGCUGUCGACAGCUCCAACCAAGAACUAUCAGCUAAUACAGUGCCCUCAGAAAGUAUUCAGACCUCUUCACUUUUUCCACAUUUUGUUACAUUAACAGCAUUAUUCUAAAAUUGAUUAAAUUAUUUUAAAAACCUCAUCAAUCAUCAGAAUGUCCUCAUCAAUCUACACACGAUACCCCAUAAGGACAAAGUGAAAACAGGUUGUUUGAAAUUUUUGCAAAUGUAUUAAAAAUAAAAAACUGAAAUACCUUAUUUAUAUAAGUAUUCAGACCCUUUGCUAUGAGACACUAAAUUGAGAUCAGGUGCAUUCCAUUGAUCAUCCUUGAGAUGUUUCUACAAAUUGGAGUCCAUCUGUGGUAAAUUCAAUUGAUUGGACAUGAUUUGGAGAGGCACACACCUAUCUAUAUAAAGGUCCCACAGUUGACAGUGCAUGUCAGAGCAAAACCAAGCCAUGAGGUUGAAGGAAUUGUCCUUAGAGCUCCGACACAGGAUUGUGUCGAGGCACAGAUCUGGGGAAGGGUACCAAAACAUUUCUACAGUAUUGAAGGUCACCAAGAACACAGUGACCUCCAUCAUUCUUAAAUGGAAGAAGUUUGGAACCACCAAGACUCUUCCUAGAGCUGGCCGCCCAGCCAAACUGAGCAAUCGGGGGAGAAGGGUCUUGGUAAGCGAGGUGAGCAAGAACCCAAUCGUCACUCUGACAGAGCUCCAGAGUUCCACUGUGGAGAUGGGAGAACCUUCCAGAAGGACAACUCUGCAGCACUCCACCUAUCAGGCCUUUAUGGUAGAGUGGCCAGACAGAAGCCACUCCUCAGUAAAAGGCACAUGACCGCCCUCUAGGAGUUUGCCAAAAGGCACCUAAAUACUCUCAGACCAUGAGAAACAAGAUUCUCUGGUCUGAUGAAAGCAAGAUUGAACUCUUUAGCCUGAAUGCCAAGCGUAAUUUCUGGAGGAAACCUGGCGCCAUCCCUACGGUGAAGCAUGGUGGUGGUAGCAUCAUGCUAUGGGGAUGUAUUUCAGCAACAGGGACUGGGAGACUAGUCAGGAUUGAUGGAAAGAUGAAUGGAGCAAAGUACAGAGAGAUCCUUGAUGAAAUCCUGAUCCAGAGCGCUCAGGACCGCAGACUGGGGCGAAGGUUCACCUUCCAACUGGACAACGACCCUAAGCACACAUUCAAGACAAUGCAGAAGUGGCUUUGGGACAAGUCUCUGAAUGUCCUUGAGUGGCCCAGCCAGAGCCGCUUCUAGUACCCAAACGAACAUCUCUGGAGAGACUUGAAAAUAGCUGUGCAGCGACGCUCCCCAUCCAACCUGACAGAUCUUGAGGAUCUGCAGAGAAGAAUGGGAGGAUCUCCCCAAAUACAGGUGUGCCGAGCUUGUAGCGACAUACCCAAGGAAACUCGACACUGUAAUCACUGCCAAAGGUGCUUCAACAAAGAUCUGAGUAAAGUGUCUGAAUACUUAUGUGAAUGUGAUAAUUCAUUUUUUUUUUUUAUAAAUUAGCAAACAUUUCUAAAAAAAAACUGUUUUUGAGGGGGAAAAACUAUUUAAUAAAUCUUAUAAUAACGCUGUAACAAUAACAAAAUGUGGAAAAAGUCAAGUGGUCUGAAUACUUUCCGAAUGCACUAUAGGUCUCCCACCCCUGAAAUCACUGCUGUUUGAUAGCGAAUGGGGGCAUGUUUUUUAAUAUACUGACAUGAAGCACACUUUGUGUGCGUCCCAAAUGCUCCCUAUAUAGUGCAUUAUAUAAGGAAUACCUGCUCUCUGUGAGGAUGGUAAGUAUUAGCACGUUGCUUGAUUGAAUGAAAAAGGUCAUAUGUAUUUUUAUAUUAAAAUGGCAUUUUCCUUCCCUUGCUUUUACUGUACAAUCUCACGUCACUGUGCACAUUAAAAUGUAAUAUAAUCCCAUCUGCUAGUGAUGCUUGCUUGUUAGGUUUGUUUUGUUUUGUUUUGGUUUGUAAAUCUGUCUCUCAUUGAGGAGAGGUGAAUUGUUGUCAUAUGAUUCUGACCUUCGUUUGUCCAUAGAUAGAAUGUGAUAUUUAGACUAUAUUGUGCAAAUACACCUACACUACCGUUCAAAAGUUGUGUCACGUAGAAAUGUUCUUGUUUUUGAAAGAAAAGCACAUUUUUUUGUCCAUUAAAAUAACAUCACAUUUCUCAGAAA